CCCGCCCGGGCGGCCAUGGCCAUUCCCGGCAUCCCCUAUGAGCGACGGCUUCUCAUCAUGGCGGACCCUAGAGAUAAGGCGCUUCAGGACUACCGCAAGAAACUGCUGGAGCACAAAGAGAUUGACGGCCGUCUCAAAGAGUUAAGGGAACAAUUAAAAGAACUUACCAAGCAGUAUGAAAAAUCUGAAAAUGAUCUGAAGGCUCUACAAAGUGUUGGGCAGAUUGUGGGUGAAGUACUUAAGCAGUUAACUGAAGAAAAAUUCAUUGUUAAAGCUACAAAUGGACCGAGAUAUGUUGUGGGUUGUCGUCGACAGCUUGACAAAAGUAAGCUGAAGCCAGGAACAAGAGUUGCUUUGGAUAUGACUACACUAACUAUCAUGAGAUAUUUGCCAAGAGAAGUGGAUCCAUUGGUUUACAACAUGUCUCAUGAGGACCCUGGGAAUGUUUCUUAUUCUGAGAUUGGAGGGCUAUCAGAACAGAUUCGUGAAUUAAGAGAGGUAAUAGAAUUGCCUCUUACAAACCCUGAAUUAUUCCAGCGUGUGGGAAUAAUACCUCCAAAAGGCUGUUUGUUAUAUGGACCACCAGGUACAGGAAAAACACUCUUGGCACGAGCUGUGGCUAGCCAGCUGGAUUGCAAUUUCUUAAAGGUUGUAUCUAGUUCUAUAGUAGACAAGUACAUUGGUGAAAGUGCUCGUUUGAUCAGAGAAAUGUUUAACUAUGCCAGGGACCAUCAGCCAUGCAUCAUUUUUAUGGAUGAAAUAGAUGCUAUUGGUGGUCGUCGGUUUUCUGAGGGUACUUCAGCCGAUAGAGAGAUUCAGAGAACUUUAAUGGAGCUACUGAAUCAAAUGGAUGGAUUUGAUACUCUGCAUAGAGUUAAAAUGAUCAUGGCUACCAACAGACCAGAUACACUGGAUCCUGCUUUGCUUCGUCCAGGCAGAUUAGAUAGAAAAAUACAUAUUGAUUUACCAAACGAACAAGCAAGGUUAGAUAUAUUGAAAAUCCAUGCAGGUCCCAUUACAAAGCAUGGUGAAAUAGAUUAUGAAGCAAUUGUGAAGCUUUCAGAUGGCUUUAAUGGAGCAGACCUAAGAAAUGUUUGUACUGAAGCAGGUAUGUUUGCAAUUCGUGCCGAUCAUGAUUUUGUAGUACAGGAAGACUUCAUGAAAGCAGUCAGAAAAGUGGCUGAUUCUAAGAAGCUAGAGUCUAAAUUGGACUACAAACCUGUGUAAUUUACUGUAAGGUUUUUGAUCGCUGCAUGACAUCUAUUGGCUUAAUUUUUAAAAAGUUAAAGAAAAUAAUGUAUGUAUUGGCAAUGAUCUCAUUAAUAGCAUAUGAAUAAAAAUGUGUAUGAAUAACAUUGUAAAAAUUAGUAAUUCAGUAAUUCUGCUUUUAAGAAGUACAGAGGAAAUUUGUAUGUUUGUUAAUGUUGCAUUUAUUGCAGCAGAAGUCAGAAGAGUAUGUUGAAGCUUUUUGUAUUUGCUGUGUGAGUAUUUUGUAAAACCUUGAAAAUGGUUUGAGAUAGUAGUACCAGGGAGCAUUUCUUAUGACUUAUUUUAUAUCACUUGUUUUCCUCAUCCUAAAAAGUUUAAUAAAAUCUGUUUAAUUUAGUUCUCCUACAAA